CCGGAAAGCAUGGGGUUGCCCAAGCUCUUCUGCGCCUUUUUGCUCGCUGCCUGCUGCUGCUGUCGCCGCGCCGUGGGUAUACCGGGAGAGGCUGAGCAGCCUGUGCCAGAGCUGCUGGAGGUGGAAGUAGGCAGCACUGCCCUCCUGAAGUGUGGCUCCUCCCAUUCCCAGGGCAACCUCAGCCUUGACUGGUUUUCUGUCUAUAAGGAGAAGCCAACGCUGAUCUACCGUGUGCGCCAGGGCCAGGGUCAGAGUGAACCUGGGGAGUACCAGCACCGGCUCAGUCUCCAGGGCAGGGGGGCUACCCUGGCCCUGGCACAUGUCACCCCUCAUGAUGAACGCAUCUUCUUGUGCCAGGGCAAGCGCCCACGGUCCCAGGAGCACCGCAUUCAGCUUCAAGUCUACAAAGCUCCAGAGGAACCAAGCAUCCAGGUCAAUACCUUGGGCAUCUCUGUGAACAGUGAGGAGCCUGAGGAGGUUGCUACCUGUGUGGGAAGGAAUGGGUACCCAGUUCCUCAAGUCACCUGGUAUAAGAACCGUUCGCCCCUGAAGGAAGAUAAGAACCGUGUCCACAUCCAGUCGUCCCAGACUGUGGAGUCGAGUGGUUUGUAUACCUUGCAGAGCAUCCUGAAGGUACAGCUGGUAAAGGAAGACAAAGAUGCCCAGUUUUAUUGUGAGCUAAGCUACCGGCUACCCAGCGGGAACCACAUGAAGGAAUCUAGGGAUGUCACUGUCCCUGUUUUCUACCCAGCAGAAAAAGUGUGGGUAGAAGUGGUACCCACGGGAACGCUGAAGGAAGGGGAUCGUGUGGAAAUCAGGUGUUUGGCAGAUGGGAACCCUCCACCCCACUUCAGCAUCAGCAAGCAGAACCUCAGCACCAUGGAGAUGGAGGAAAUGACAACUGACCACAAUGGGCUCUUGGUCUUGGAGCCUGCCCAGAAGGAGCACAGCGGGCUCUAUGAAUGUCAGGGCCUGGACUUGGACACCAUGGUAUCACUGAGUGACCAACAGGAGCUGCUGGUGAACUAUGUGUCAGAUGUCCGGGUGAGUCCCGCCACCCCCAAGAGCCAAGAGGGCAGCAACCUAACAUUGACCUGUGAAGCAGAGAGUAACCAGGCCCUUGAAUAUCACUGGCUGAGAGAAAAGACAGGCAAGGUGCUGGGAAAGAGACCUGUUCUACAAUUACGAAACCUGAAACGGGAGGCAGGGGGAGGCUACCUCUGCAUGGCAUCUGUGCCCAGUAUACCCGGCCUGAACCGCACACAGCUGGUCAAUGUGGCCAUUUAUGGGUCCCCAUGGAUGGCAUUCAAAGAGAGGAAGCUGUGGGUGAAAGAGAAUGAGGUGACAAGUUUGUCUUGUGAAGCAUCAGGACAUCCUCGGCCCACCAUCUCCUGGAAUGUCAAUGGCACGGUUCAUGAACGAGACAAAGAUCCACAGAGUGUCCUGAGCACCCUGAGUGUCCUUGUGACCCCAGAGCUGUUGGAGACAGGAGCCAAGUGUGUGGCCUCCAAUUCUCUGGGCAGUAACACCACCCUCAUUUUCUUGGAGCUGGUCAAUUUAACUACCCUCAUACCUGACUCCAACACCACCACUGGCCUCAGCACCUCCACUCACCUCAGCACCUCCACUGUCAGUCCCCAUGCCAGAGCCAACAGCACCUCCACAGAGAAAAAGCUGCCAGAACCUGAAAGCAAGGGUGUGGUCAUCGUGGCUGUGAUCGUGUGUAUCCUGGUGCUGGCUGUGCUGGGCGCCGUCCUCUAUUUCUUCUACAAAAAGGGCAAGCUGCCUUGUGGACGGUCAGGCAAACAAGAGAUCACACUGCCCCCGUCGCGUAAGAGUGAAAUUGUAGUUGAAGUUAAGUCAGAUAAGCUCCCCGAAGAGAUGGGCCUCCUACAGGGCAGCAACGGUGACAAGAGGGCUCCCGGAGACCAGGGCGAGAAAUACAUCGAUCUGAGGCAUUAG